AUGAUGCCCCAGAAGAAAAAGCGGAGGAAGAAAGACAUCGACUUUCUGGGCCUGUACGAGGAGGAGCUGCUGAACUACAAUUCAGAGGAUGACGAAGACGAGCUGGAGCAUGAGUACUACAAGGCCAAGGUGUACGAGGUGGUCACAGCCACAGGGGAUGUUCGUGGUGCAGGGACAGAUGCCAAUGUGUUCAUCACAAUUUUUGGAGAGAAUGGGCUCUCUCCCAAGCUCCAUCUCACCAGCAAGAGUGAAUCCGCUUUCGAGAAAGCCAACGUUGACGUAUUCCGGGUGCGAACCAAUAAUGUGGGCCUCAUCUAUAAAAUCAGGAUCGAGCAUGACAAUACAGGCUUGAACGCCAGCUGGUACCUGGACCGAGUGAUAGUGACCGACAUGAAGAGGCCCCAUCUCCGCUACUACUUCAACUGCAACAGCUGGCUGAGCAAGGUGGAAGGUGACCGCCAGUGGUGUCGUGACCUCCUAGCCAGCUUCGACCCCAUGGACAUGCCCAGAGGAAACAAGUAUGAAAUCAAGGUAUACACUGGUGACGUGAUUGGUGCAGGGACAGAUGCUGAUGUCUUUAUCAAUAUCUUUGGAGAGUAUGGAGACACAGGAGAGCGUAGGCUGGAAAACGAAAAGGACAACUUUGAAAAGGGAGCUGAAGACAAGUUCACACUGGAUGCCCCGGAUUUGGGGCAGCUGAUGAAGAUUAAUGUGGGCCACAACAACAAGGGGGGGUCUGCAGGUUGGUUCCUAUCCAAGAUUAUCAUUGAAGAUAUUGGGAACAAAAGGAAAUAUGAUUUCCCCCUUAACCGCUGGCUGGCCCUGGACGAAGACGAUGGCAAAAUCCAAAGAGACAUCUUAGUGGGCGGAGCUGAGACCACAGCCAUAACGUAUGUGGUCACCGUCUUCACUGGGGAUAUCCGUGGAGCUGGAACCAAAUCUAAAAUCUACUUGGUCAUGUAUGGAGCCAGAGGGAAUAAGAACAGUGGGAAAAUCUUCCUGGAGGGUGGCGUGUUCGACAGGGGCCGCACAGACAUCUUCCACAUCGACCUGGCUGUCCUCCUUAGCCCCCUGAGCCGGGUCUCCAUUGGGCACGGCAAUGUAGGCGUCAACCGAGGCUGGUACUGUGAGAAGGUGGUGGUCCUGUGCCCCUUCACGGGCAUCCAGCAGACAUUCCCCUGCAGCAACUGGCUGGAUGAGAAGAAAGCAGAUGGGCUGAUCGAGCGGCAGCUCUAUGAGAUGGUGUCUCUGAGGAAGAAGCGGCUGAAAAAAUUUCCUUGGUCCCUUUGGGUCUGGACAACUGAUCUGAAGAAAGCUGGUACCAACUCACCCAUCUUCAUCCAGAUUUAUGGGCAAAAGGGGCGGACAGAUGAGAUUCUCCUGAAUCCCAACAACAAAUGGUUCAAACCGGGCAUCAUCGAGAAGUUUAGGAUGGAGCUCCCAGAUCUCGGCAGGUUUUAUAAGAUUCGGGCAUGGCAUGAUAGGCAGAACCCUGGCUCUGGAUGGCAUUUAGAAAAGAUCUCCUGUGGUCCACACUGUUCCUUGGACCACUACUCAGAGCCAAAGGCAAUGUCCCACCCCCUAGUAGUGGCCCGGUACCGUGUGACUGUAUGCACAGGGGAACUCGAAGGUGCGGGGACGGAUGCCAAUGUCUACCUCUGCCUUUUUGGUGAUGUGGGGGACACCGGGGAGCGACUACUCUACAACUGCAGGAAUAACACCGACCUGUUUGAGAAAGGCAAUGCCGAUGAGUUCACCAUUGAGUCUGUCACCAUGAGGAAGGUGAGGCGAGUGAGGAUCAGACACGAUGGCAAAGGCUCGGGCAGCGGCUGGUACCUGGACAGGGUGCUGGUGAGAGAGGAAGGCCAGCCCGAGAGCGACAAUGUCGAGUUCCCGUGCCUCAGGUGGCUGGACAAGGACAAGGAUGAUGGACAGCUGGUCCGAGAGCUGCUACCCAGUGACAGUAAUGCCACGCUCAAGAACUUUCGCUAUCACAUCAGUGUGAAGACCGGGGAUGUCUCUGGGGCCAGCACAGAUUCUAGGGUGUACAUCAAGCUCUAUGGAGAGAAAUCUGACACCAUCAAGCAAGUUCUUCUUGUCUCUGACAACAACCUCAAAGACUACUUUGAACGUGGCCGGGUAGAUGAGUUCACACUGGAGACCCUGAAUAUUGGAACUAUCAACAGGCUGGUGAUUGGGCACGACAGCACAGGCAUGCAUGCAGGCUGGUUCCUGGGCAGCGUCCAGAUCCGUGUGCCCCGCCAAGGCAAGCAGUAUACCUUCCCUGCCAACCGCUGGCUGGAUAAGAACCAGGCUGACGGGCGUCUGGAGGUGGAGCUUUACCCCAGCGAGGUCGUGGAGAUCCAGAAAUUGGUCCACUAUGAGGUUGAGGUUUGGACAGGGGACGUAGGUGGUGCAGGCACCACUUCCCGAGUCUAUGUGCAGAUCUAUGGUGAAGAAGGCAAGACUGAAGUACUCUUCCUCUCCAGCCGCUCCAAAGUUUUUGAUCGGGCAUCCAAGGACAUAUUCCAGCUGGAAGCGGCAGAUGUGGGCGAGAUCUACAAGAUCCGACUGGGACACACGGGCGAGGGCUUUGGACCCAGCUGGUUCGUGGACACGGUGUGGCUGCGGCACUUGGUGGUGCAGGAGGCGAACCUGACCCCCGAGGAGGAGGCCCGGAAGAAGAAGGAGAAGGACAAGCUGCGGCAGCUGCUGAAGAAGGAGAGGCUGAAGGCCAAGCUGCAGAGAAAGAAGAAGAAAAAGAAGAAAGGCAGCGAUGAGGAGGAGGAGGGCGAGGAGGAGGAGUCCUCAUCAGAAGAGUCCUCAUCUGAAGAAGAAGAAGAAGAGGAAGAGACAGAGGAGGAAGAGGAAGAGGAGGAGUUUGGGCCAGGGAUGCAGGAAGUGAUCGAACAGUACAAGUUUGAAGCCAACCGCUGGCUGGCCCGGGGCAAGGAGGACAAUGAGCUUGUCGUGGAAUUGGUCCCAGCCGGUCGGCCUGGGCCUGAGCCCAAUACCUACGAGGUCCAGGUGAUCACAGGGAACGUGCCCAAGGCUGGCACUGAUGCCAACGUCUACCUGACCAUCUACGGUGAGGAAUACGGGGACACAGGGGAGCGGCCCCUGAAGAAAUCAGACAAGUCCAACAAGUUUGAGCAGGGCCAGACAGAUACCUUCACCAUCUAUGCCAUUGACCUGGGGGCUCUGACCAAGAUUCGGAUUCGCCAUGACAACACAGGCAACAGGCCAGGCUGGUUCCUAGACAGGGUAGACAUCACGGACAUGAACAAUGAGAUCACGUACUACUUCCCAUGCCAGCGGUGGCUAGCAGUGGAGGAGGAUGAUGGCCAGCUGUCCAGGGAGCUGUUGCCAGUGGAUGAGUCCUAUGUGCUACCCAGCGAAGAUGAGGAGGGUGGGGGACACGGAGAUAAUAACCCCCUUGACAACAUGGCCCUGGAACAAAAAGAUAAAUCAACCACGUUUUCCGUGACCAUAAAGACUGGGGACAAGAAGAAUGCGGGCACGGAUGCCAACGUCUUCAUCACGCUCUUUGGCACACAAGAUGACAAUGGAAUAACCCUUCUGAAGUCCUCCAAGACCAACAGCGACAAGUUUGAAAGGGACAGCAUUGAAAUCUUCACUGUGGAGACGCUGGAUCUGGGAGACCUGUGGAAAGUUAGGAUCGGCCAUGACAACACAGGCAAGGCUCCAGGCUGGUUUGUAGACUGGGUAGAGGUGGAUGCUCCAUCUCUUGGAAAGUGCAUGACCUUCCCCUGUGGCCGCUGGUUGGCCAAGAAUGAGGACGACGGGACCAUCGUCAGGGACCUCUUCCAUGCAGAGCUCCAGACGAGGCUUUACACACCAUUUGUCCCUUAUGAGAUCACCCUCUACACCAGUGAUGUCUUUGCCGCUGGGACCGACGCCAACAUCUUCAUAGUCAUCUACGGCUGUGAUGCUGUGUGCACCCGGCAGAAGUUCCUGUGCACCAACAAGAGGGAGCAGAAGCUGUUCUUCGAGAGGAAGUCUGCCUCCCGCUUCAUCGUGGAGUUAGAAGAUGUCGGUGAAAUCAUUGAAAAAAUCCGGAUUGGUCAUGAUAACACAGGCAUAAACCCUGGGUGGCACUGUUCCCACGUGGACAUCCGCAGGCUCCUCCCCGAUAAAGAUGGCACAGAGACCUUGACUUUCCCAUGUGAUCGAUGGCUUGCCACCUCUGAGGAUGACAAGAAGACUAUCCGAGAACUGGUCCCUUAUGACAUCUUCACUGAGAAGUACAUGAAAGAUGGGUCCUUAAGACAAGUCUACAAGGAAGUGGAGGAGCCUCUGGACAUUGUGUUGUACUCGGUACAGAUCUUCACAGGGAACGUUCCUGGGGCAGGGACAGAUGCCAAGGUCUACAUCACCAUCUACGGAGACCUCGGGGACACCGGGGAGCGGUACCUUGGCAAAUCAGAGAACCGCACCAACAAGUUCGAGAGAGGAACGGCUGACACCUUCAUCAUUGAGGCCGCUGACCUGGGUGUCAUCUACAAGAUCAAGCUCCGCCAUGACAACACCAAAUGGUGUGCAGACUGGUAUGUGGAGAAGGUGGAGAUCUGGAAUGACACCAAUGAGGACGAGUUUCUAUUCCUGUGCGGGCGCUGGCUAUCCCUGAAGAAGGAGGAUGGGCGGCUGGAGAGACUCUUUUAUGAGAAGGAGUACACUGGGGACCGCAGUAGCAACUGCAGCAGCCCCGCUGACUUCUGGGAGAUUGCCCUGAGUUCCAAGAUGGCAGAUGUGGACAUUGCCACAGUGACAGGACCCAUGGCUGACUAUGUUCAGGAUGGCCCUGUGAUUCCCUACUAUGUGUCAGUGACCACUGGGAAGCACAAGGAUGCAGCCACAGACAGCCGAGCCUUCGUCUUGCUCAUUGGGGAAGAUGAUGAGCGCAGCAACCGCAUCUGGCUGGACUAUCCUCAGGGGAAGCGAGGCUUCAGCUGUGGCUCUGUGGAAGAGUUCUACGUUGGUGGCUUGGAUGUGGGCAUCAUCAAGAAAAUAGAGCUGGGCCAUGAUGGAGCCUCCCCCGAGAGCUGCUGGCUGGUAGAGGAGCUGUGCUUGGCGGUGCCCACCCAGGGUACCAAAUACACACUACGCUGCAACUGUUGGCUUGCAAAGGACCGAGGUGAUGGCGUCACCUCCCGUGUCUUUGACCUCCUGGACGCCAUGGUGGUGAACAUUGGGGUGAAGGUGCUUUAUGAGAUGACAGUCUGGACUGGUGACGUGGUCGGUGGAGGCACUGACUCCAAUAUCUUUAUGACCCUCUAUGGCAUCAACGGGAGCACAGAGGAGGUGCAGCUGGACAAAAAGAAGGCCAGGUUUGAGCGGGAACAAAAUGACACCUUCAUCAUGGAGAUCCUGGAUAUCGCUCCCUUUACCAAGAUGCGCAUCCGCAUUGAUGGGAUGGGUAGCCGGCCAGAGUGGUUCCUGGAGAGGAUCCUGCUGAAGAACAUGGACACAGGAGACCUGACCAUGUUCUACUAUGGAGACUGGUUAUCCCAAAAGAAGGGCAAGAAGACACUGGUGUGUGAAAUGUGUGCAGUCAUUGACGGAGAGGAGAUGAUGGAGUGGACCUCCUACACAGUCUCUGUGAAGACUAGUGACAUCUUGGGAGCAGGCACGGAUGCCAAUGUGUUCAUCAUCAUCUUUGGGGAGAACGGGGACAGCGGGACCCUGGCCCUGAAGCAGUCGGCCAACUGGAACAAGUUUGAGCGGAACAACACAGACACCUUCAACUUCUCUGACAUGCUGAGCCUGGGCCACCUCUGCAAGCUGAGGGUCUGGCAUGACAACAAAGGGAUAUUCCCUGGCUGGCACCUGAACUAUGUUGAUGUGAAGGACAACUCCCGUGACGAGACUUUCCGCUUCCAGUGUGACUGCUGGCUGUCCAAGAGUGAGGGUGACAGACAAACCGUCCGCGACUUUGCGUGUGCCAACAACGAGAUCCGUGACGAGCUGGAAGAGACCACCUACGAGAUUGUCAUAGAAACUGGCAACGGAGGCGAAACCAGGGAGAAUGUCUGGCUCGUCUUGGAGGGCAGGAAGAACAGAUCCAAGGAGUUCCUUGUGGAAAAUUCUUCCAGACAGCGGGCCUUUCGGAAGGGGACCACAGACACGUUCGAGUUUGACAGCAUCUUCUUGGGGGACAUUGCCUCCCUCUGCGUGGGCCACCUGGCCAGGGAGGACCGGUUCAUCCCCAAGAGAGAGCUAGUCUGGCAUGUCAAGACGAUCACCAUCACUGAGAUGGAGUAUGGAAAUGUGUACUUCUUUAACUGUGACUGCCUCAUCCCCCUCAAGAGGAAGAGGAAGUACUUCAAGGUAUUUGAGGUUACUAAGACGACAGAGAGCUUCGCCAGUAAGAUCCAGAGCCUGGUACCAGUCAAGUAUGAAAUCAUCGUGACGACCGGCUAUGAACCAGGGGCGGGCACGGAUGCCAACAUCUUUGUGACCAUCUUUGGAGCUAAUGGGGACACGGGCAAGCGGGAACUGAAGCAGAAAAUGCGCAACCUCUUCGAGAGGGGCAGCACUGACCGCUUCUUCCUGGAGACUCUGGAGCUGGGAGAGCUGCGCAAGGUCCGGCUGGAGCAUGAUGGCAGCGGCUACUACUCAGGCUGGCUGGUGGAGAAGGUGGAGGUCACCAACACCAGCACUGGGGUGGCCACCAUCUUCUCUUGUGGCAGGUGGCUAGACAAGUCUCGGGGGGAUGGACUCACCUGGCGAGAACUCUUCCCAUCUGUCUGAGAUGCUCUGGCCACAGCUUUUAUCCUCUACCCUGUGUCCAUCAGCCAUCUCCCAAGACCUCCAAGGAUGGGGCUACGGCAGCAGUCAGUCCUGAGGUCUCUACUCAUCAGAGGCUGCUCCUUGCAAGUGACUGUGGGAUCCUCCACUUUUCCAUCUCUCAGACAUACAAGAAUUAUAUUCAUCACAAGUCAUAAUCCAUGACUGUACAGACUAU